AUGCCUGUGCUUCUCACCGAUAACAUUGCGUAUGAACUAGGACUUUCGAAUGGUACUCAAGGAAUCUUUCGAGAGCUCAAAUACGAUGACAAGGAAGAUCCGAGUGAUUUAAAAAUAAAAAGCGAAGUAUUUCCCUCAAAGACAAUCUACAUACGAAAACCAUUAUAUGCGCUCGUAGAAAUUAAUACAUCACAACUAGAAACAAGCCUCGAUAGGCUUCGUACUAAACUAAUCCCUAUUCCACUCGUCAGAAAGCAAUUUACUAUUUCCGUCAAGCAACUAUUUGGUCAACUGUUCGAACGUAUGCAAGAUGGCAAAAAAGUCCCAUAA